AUGGCUCUUGUUUUCAGCACAUUUUAUGAAAUGCGAACUAACCAGGAUGUUCAGAAAAUACGUUAUUUUCAUGGAAAAAAUUGUAUGUUCCCUCAAGCCAGCAAUUCACUUUUACUUUUAUCGGGAACAAACAUAUUAAAUGGUGUAAUUAUUUGGUGGAUCCGUGCUGCUCUUCCUAGAUUUAACAAUAUCAACGAGAUGAAAUCGUGGCGGACCAUUUAUUUUGAUAUCUGUCGCAGGCAUUACGCAGGAAUUGCAUUCAGACCGACCAAUCUGUAUCUGCCAGGGACUUUCUGCUCGAUAGGUGCAGGCAAUAACUGGAAUUGGCAGUUAAGUGCGCGAGAAACUCCAAUAACACAAUUGUUUGCUCAAUACGAGCCCAGCAAUUGCUGGCAGAACGGUGCUGCAGCGGUAUAUCGCAGCCGUAGUGCUGGACCCUCGAAUUUCACGGUGGAUUCUAAUGAAGUAAUGAAUUCCGUUUAUCCCAAUAAUCGACGCUUUGCUGCUUUGCAAAGACAGCACAAAUCUCUUGACGGAAUGCAACUGGACGAGUAUGAAACAAAUGAAGUUCGACCUUUGAUUCCUUUGGACAUUUCUACGGCAAAUACGGAUAUGCUGUCAUCUCAGUAUUCUGGACCAUCAUUGUCUAAUCCUACAACAACAAAUGCAUAUUUUUGGAAGCAACCAGCGAACAUAUAUUCGUAUAAUGGCGACACUUAUGGACCAUCAGACACACAAUCCGCUCGCGCUUAUAGCCUCUUGAAGCAAGAUUAUGAAAUGGCUAUACAAAAGCUGAAUUCAACUAUGAGUUCCAUAAAAACAUUUUGGAGUCCUGAAUUGAAACGUGAAAGACAAUUACGAAAGGAAGAAACAGCAAAACUUGCAGCUUUACAGAGACAAACUGCACCUCAGGAUGGAUCUGGAUUUCGAGUUGCCGAGUUGGAGACAAAACUUGAAAACUGUCGAUGCGAGCUAGCUGAAAAAGAUGAAACAAUAAGGCGGCUCAUGGAGCGCACAGCUGCAGUUUCAUAUCGUGAUGGUGGCAGUCGUAUGGCUGAUCUAGAAACACGAUGUAAUCAGUUAGAAUCGUUGCUUGAAAUCCGAGAAGAACAAAUUAGGUCAAUGGAACGACAUUUUCCCCAGCUACCAACUGCAUCUUCUCAAGCUGCUAAGGACCAACGAAUAGCAGAUCUAGAAGAUGAAAUUACAAUGUUACGAUCAGAACGGGCAGAAAUUCCGCGGGAUUUCACUGAUAAAACCAUAACUCCUCAUGAGAUCAAUACACUUCGUAUGAAAAUGGAACGAAGUGAAUUGGAACUAGCCCAAAAGGUGGCUGAGCUCUCUGCAGUACAGACGCGAUUACAAGCUGCAACGGAAGCCGUCGAAGAUCUUAGGAAACGUGUUGAAGUUUUCCGUGAAUCAUCAACAGCAAAGGAAAAGC